AUGGAUCACGAAGAGUACUUCAAGACAAGCCACCCGGUAUAUACAAACAUCUCUGCACAGUUCACAGGGAUAGGGCAUCUUGUGGUUGAUGGCGGAGCUCUUAUAACGAAUAUCAGCAAGAGAUAUGGGGUGAAGUACGAAAGCCUUCCGCUACACACGUAUAUGCACGGAGUCAAGUUUGUGCUAUCGAAUCUCCGGAAGGCAGGGUUUGAUAACAUCAUGAUGUUCUUCAGGGCAGAGUCUGGGCACCGAAAGGUUAUCCGGGAAUAUCUAAUGAGGAGAUUUGAGUGCAUGGAUGUCUCAGGAGUGUAUGAAUACAUCGAGAAUGAAAGAGUUGCACUGGUUCUCGGAGGGACUGAAGAAAUAGAGCUCAUGUUUCUGUAUGAGUGCCUUGGAAUCAGCCUGUAUUGUAGUGUUCUGGACCAUAUGGAGUUCAGGGUUCCCAGCGUCUAUGGAUUUGUAUACCGUCCUCUAGAGCACAGGGUGGAAAGGAAGGCUGCAACAGCGACCAUUUUGGAGGAGGAGAGCGAUGAAGGGAGUUUGGGGGACAUUGACGACGAAAUCAAGAGAAUCAAUCCUGAGAUGAGUAUUGGGAUAAUCAGCGACCUGUUUGAGAGCAGGAUUAAGCCUUUUGGGCCGUGUGAAUACUCUGUGCCUGCGGGGUUGUGCAAGAAGCUCAUCAGGAUGUUCAGGAGUGAGACUCCUAGAAGCGAGAUGAACUUUGACGGAAGAUUUCUCUUUCCGGAAGGUUUGGUGGAACACGGAAAGGAAUUGACGGAUUACAGCGAUGUUGUUGGAGACAAGCACAGGGAUAUUGAGAGCAGGAACGUGGGGAUGGAGCUAGAUCUGCUGGUGAGUGGGAAAGAGAUAAGCCCGACCUCGGCAGCUGUACACAUGAAGAACAUAAGAAAGUCUGCACAGUCUCUGUUUGACGGGAAGCUUCUAUAUGCUCCGAUUGUCAGGGCCAAGGGCGGGAAGGCUCCGAAGAUAUCGCAGAAGCAAAGGGCGAUUAUUGCGGAGAACGAGAGAAGAAUGAAGGAGGAGAAGAAGGCAAAGGAGUCGUCCUGGCUUAAGAACUUUUUUGGAAAGUACAAGGGCCUUGACAAUCAGGGAAAGAGAAACAUGCUGGAGGGAGUCAAGGCUGACGGAUCUGGGAUUUACAGAAGAAUUCUUCUUCUCAAGAUUGAGUUCUAUGCAGACAUGUGGAAUCUCGAGAAGAGAUCUGAGGACUGUGAUGAAGGAGUCAUUGUUCCAUGCUACUUGAGCUGUAUUGAGUACAUCCGUGAGUUUGGAAGGUUUGGGCUUGAGGACCAGGCGCCGGAUGCAGAGCUUGGAUUUGUGCUUCAGAAUCUGAUUGGAUGCGGAUUUGAGGCGACUGCCAAGGAGUUGAUUGAGAAGCAUGGGCUUAAGGGCCUGGACCUGGAGUUCUUCACGGAUGACACAAGCGCACCUAGCGAGUUUGAUAUCUGCUUCCAGCUGAAGCACACUGGAGACAAGCUCCAAAGGAGUGUGAACUCGAAGAAGGAUCCACGUGUUCUGUUCAAGCCGGACGAGUGGCAGGUGCGUCUUCUAGACCUUGUUGACCAGAACAAGAGUGCGGUGAUAUCUGCACCCACGAGUGCCGGAAAGACAUUUAUCUGCUUCUAUGCAAUUGAGAAGGUUCUGAGGGAAAGUGACACGGAUGUGGUAAUCUUCUGUCUCCCCACCAAGGCCCUUGUCAACCAGGUGUCUGCAGAUAUCUAUGCACGGUUUACCCCGAAGGUAAACUCCAAGACCUUUCUCCAAGGAAGCCUUAUGAAGGAGUUUUCGAUAGCGCCCUGGAACUGCCAGGUCUUGAUAGUGAUUCCGUCUCUUCUGGAGUCGGUGCUAAACACGCCUCCAAAGGGAUUUAUCGAAAGAAUUAGAUACAUCAUCGUUGACGAGGUUCACAAGAUAGGCAGCGAGGAGAUGGGCAUUCCGAUAGAAAGGAUAGUCCAUCUAUCUCCGUGCCCGAUGCUGGUUCUGAGUGCAACGCUCGGGAACAUCGAGGGAUUCUAUGGAUGGAUGAAGAAGAUAGAGAGAGAAAAGGGGAGGGACUGCGAGCUGGUUUCCUAUGGCGAGCGAUACUGCGAGCUGAAGCCCUAUGUCUACUCCCAUUCGUUUUCACCGAAGAUGGUGCCGAUAAACAACCUGUUUGCCUACUCAUACUCGCAUAUAAAGAGAUUUGGGUUCGGAAAUGACAUAAGUUUUCUCCCUGAGGAGCUUCUCCAUCUGUAUGAUUCGAUAUGUGCAGUUCUCCGUAAGGACCAGGAGCAUCUGAUCAGCAAGAUAACACCUGAGAACUUCUUUAGAAGCAACAUAGUGACGAAGAAGGAGGUGGGAGAGUAUGGCAGGCAUCUUCUGGAAACGUUCCAGGGGAUGAUUGAGGGCGAUCUGCUGACUCAGAAGCAGGUGAAGUAUGUUUACAAGCUACAAACAAAGGAAACGAGAAAAGCCUUUGAGUCUGUUGUGGACUACAGUUCGGAGUACCUCCUUGAGAACAUCCUCGACCUUCUCAUGGAGCUUAAGGAGCGGAACAUGUUUCCAUGCAUAGUCUUCAACACCGACAGAGACUUUGCCAGCAAGCUUGCAUUGAAGGUACACCGUCAGCUAGAGUCUAUGGACAUGGAGAAGAAGAAAGACAAGCUCAUUGAGAAGAUGAAGAAGGAGGCGAAAAGGGCACGAGACCUGGAGAAGACAAAGGAAAGCUGGAUCGAGGAGUCGAUUGCUGCAGAGAAGAGCUUUCAGAUGAGAAAUGACAAAAAGAAUAUCAAGUACACGUUCCUCGACCCUCUGACUAAGCUGACUGAUUAUGAACUCGAGGAGGAGACGAAGUUCAUAAAAAACACCGACUUUGAGUUUAUUGACAUGCUUUACCGCGGGAUGGGGGUCCACCAUGCACACAUGAACAGAAAGUACCGGUCUCUUGUUGAGAUUCUGUUCAGGCAGAAGCAUCUGCAGGUGUUGUUUGCAACAGAGACGCUAGCCCUUGGAAUCAACAUGCCAUGCAGGACUGUUGUGUUUGCUGGAGACUCCCUGCAGCUGGAUCCGAUGAACUACAAGCAAAUGGCAGGGAGGGCUGGAAGAAGGGGGUUUGACACCCUGGGAAAUGUUGUUUUCAUGGGAAUACCCAGACAAAGAGUGCAGAACCUCAUGGUGUCUCUUCUGCCGGAUAUCAAGGGGGCCUACACCUACACAAACACAAGCUUCGUUGGGUUUGACCUGAAGGACUCGCUUAUCAAGAAUCCCUUGCUUGAAAGUACUCUCUAUAGUGGCCAGGAAGGUCUAUCCCGAUCUAUUGAGAAGCUUUCCAUAUCUGGAGAUGACUCCUCGCUCUAUGACUUAAGCAGUGUGUAUGGGUCGGAGGAAAGAAGGGCCGAGCUUGUGAACCAUCAGCUUAGCCUCCUCAAGCCAUACUUUCUGCCGAAGUCGUAUCUUUGCGACCUUGUCAUCGGAAACAGAGACUCGGACCCCGAGAUUCUGUGCUUUGCCCUUCUUCUGGAGAGCAAAAUCCUUCCUCUGGAUCCCGACUCUCUUAUGACCACAUUAGCACACUUCUUCGAAACAAGACCUCUUCUGUUUGACAUGGGAUGCACACUUCCUCCCCUAGACCCAGCGGUCUACGCGUUCUGCGGAAAGAUCAACAGCAUCUCUCGGAGCUCUGUCUCCAGGUUUUAUCCCCCUAUCCUGAGGUCUCUGCAGAAGGAGUCGUCCACGCCUCUGCACAUCGUUGACUCUUUCCUAAGUGUGGUGAAUCUGGACAAGAUAAAGAAUUCGUAUCUGCUGGACUUCUUCAGGCAUGGAAGCUGGAGCAGAAUUGCUGCUGAGAACCGUGUUGGGACGGGAGAGCUCUUCAAGUCGCUGAGCGUAGUCAACAGUGUCGUUCUUUCCCUCAUAAAGCUACACGACACCUAUGGCCUGUGCAGUGAGGACAGGUCCAAGAUCGUACGCUUCCACUCUCUAUUCGAGCCGAAGUUCAAGGCUAUGUUUGCCUAA